GAACAAUUUUUCAGAUCUCAAAUUUUUCAGAAUUGUACACGGAAUUUAUACAAAUCGAACGGCGUUGGCGAUAAUUGCAAAGUAAGUAUAAAUGUAUAAUUUGCUAUAAAAGUUCUAUAAUUCUGUUUCCUUUUGACUGUAGUUUGUCGUGCCUUUGGCUAUUUACAUAGCCGUAUAUAAAAAGUUAUUAAUAUACAGUUGUGUCGCUACCAUCUUAUAUAUUUCUUAUAUUUAUUCUUUGCGGUAAUAAUUUUGGCAGGAAAUUCGGCGCAAAGGAAAUGUUUUGUGCCGGUAUGCCCACGUGAGCUUUGUGUUGUCAAUUUCAAAGUCGAUUUGCCGCCUUGGCGAACUGUCGCUGGUUAAUAAGCCACGAGUUUAAAAGUCCAAAAACAUGGCUGUUUUAUCAGCGAAAAUCAACGAUUUAUGUUUAAAAGAUGCCGACGCCAGUCUUAAAGAAUCAUUGGUGUGUACAGUGCCAAUUGCCCAGAGGAAGUUGUCGGAAAAUGUCCUUCACUUGGAGGAGCAUGAAAGCCUAUUAUAUGAUGUCGCUCUGUUAUGUGGGCCAAACCAACAAAGAAUUCUCGCUCAUCGCGCUGUAUUAGCCAGCAAAGUACCAAAUUUGAUAGAAAUGAUCGAAUCAAACAAUAACGAAGCGACGAUUUUGCUACCCGACGUCGAAGCGAGCGCUGCAGAAGCUUUGAUGAACUUUGUUUACACUUCAAAACUUGACUUGACACCAGAUAAAAUUUGGGACGUUUUAUCCGCCACUGAAACGCUAGGAAUCAACGAAAUACUCAAUACAUGUCAAGAAUACAUACAGCAGAAUAUUUUGACCGAUUCUUGGUUAUAUGCGAGGCAGAUCGCCCUAGAACAACGCAGCAAAUGGUUGCUAACGACUGUCGAUAGUUAUAUAUAUCAAAAUUUUUCUGCCCUAUUGCAAAGCACCGAUUUCCUUCAGCUACCUCGCCUGCAAGUUGAAAUAUUCAACAAGAAAGAGGAUUUUAGAAACGAAAGCGAAGGCUCAAAUGAAAUUCUUGGCCUCGUAGUCGAUUGGUGUAAAGUUAAACUGGAGGUAAAAUAUUUCUUUUAUAUUUUUAAAUUUUAUUCUCGCGCCAUUUUAUGUUCCCGCCAAAUAAUUAUUUUGAUACAUAUGUAGCGAUAAAUGUACCGCAAAAAAAGGUUUGAGGUUUAUUUUAAAAUGAAACAAAAUACAUUAAAAAGUAUGUGAAACAAAAUACAUUAAAAAGUGCAUAAGUCUUGCUUUUUUCGCCACCUAACGGGAAACUCCCGUAACUAGGCAAAAAAUUUUCAAUCCUUCUGUUAUUUAUAGCAGCACUUGAUUUGAUUUUUACCGCCGAAAUAUGACAAAAAAUUUUACAUUAAAAACCUGUUAAAAACCGGCAUUAAAGCUCUAAGAUUCAAUGUAUAUAUCGGCUUGUUUACUGCAAGGCUUUAUUGGAGUCAUUUCCAGUUCGUAACGACCGGCUUAUCUCUUACCGAUUUGAAAAGACGGAGCUGGCAAAAGUUAAUCCUGUUUACGAGUUCCGCUAUUAUAGAAAAUCCAUUAUUUAUUUUGAGCGAAGUAUUCAAUUUAUGAAAACACGUUCGGUUUAUGCUUUCUUUUUUAGUUUCUCAAUUUUAAACAAAAUUUGGGUUUUAGUUGACAGAAUAUCGGAAUUUUAUUUGCCUCCAUUUAUGGAGCGAGACAAUUUUUACCACCAUUGAAAUUAAUUAGAAUUCGUUGAUUUCGUAAUUUUUGUUCUCGAAUCCCAUCGGGGAUUAAUUAGCAAACAUAAUCGAUUCUUUUGUUUAUGUAUCAGAAACAAAAGCUCUAUCAGUUCUAAACUUUCCACCCCCCAAAAACAAAGAUAAUAUUUUUGUUUCUGGGAUCAGUGGGAUGCUUAAUAAGUUUUGGAGUCAAAGUUUUCUGCCGAGUUCAUUAAUAUUCUUCCUAAUAGAUUAUUUCCUGUGCCUGCUAGCAUUUAUAUGCAGGUCUGAAAAUUUUCUGGGAUCCGAGAUGCCAUGCUUCUUAGUAAAGGGCCAGGGCCGCCCAGAGGGGGGGGGCAAAGGGGGCAAAUUGCCCCGGGCCCCGAGUUUCUGGGGGCCCCUGAAAAUUUUUUGUAGGGCCCCAGCCUUUUUUGUGUGUUAAAUAUUUCCGCGCAAAGGACAAGAUAUCUGUUUUCUUGGGCUAAGUACCGAAUUUUUUUUGGGGGGGGGGAAGAGGUUAUAUUUUUUUCCUGGAAAAUUUUUUUAGAUAGGGGCCCCUAAAAAAAAAUUUGCCCCGGGCCCCCGCCAACCUCUGGAUGGCCCUGUAAAGGGCGAAUGGGCGAUGCCAGGAUUUUUAACACCGAUACUUUGAAGUUUAGUACUGGUCGAUACCGAUACUGUAUUUCGAUACCAAAAUAAACACAACAUUUCUAUUUUUGAUACCGGAAGUGAGUACUUAAAUUGCUAGUAUUGGUUGCUUUCUAUACCUGUCGGUCAGUGGAAAAACAUUUUUCAUUACUGUAUGUAACCUAAAUUAAGCUAUGUAAGUAAACAUUAUUAAAUAUUUCCACACAUGACUUGACACACUACAUUUUGAAUAUUAAUUAAGAGUUAUUCUUAUUCAACCAAGAAGUGAAGUUAAACAAACCGUCUAAAAAGGGUGCAAGUAUGGAACAAUACCACGUCAGUAAUCGAUACCGAUACCACUAUUUGCGGUUUGCUUCUCAAAUAUGACUGAGACAAAAUGUAAUCAUGCAGACAACUGCAUAUUAUCUUUACAACAAUGGUGAUAUUACUUUAGUAACCCAACCCAACCCAACAUUCUUUGUGAAAGAGAACCGGAGCAUUUGUGGAAAACCCACAAUUUCCGGCAGAGCGUUGACAAACUCUUUUCACAUACGUGUGUUGUGAGAAUCUUGGAGACGAUUCAAGACGCUUGCUCAGACGACUGCACUACCACUAGGUCAAUAAUUUCAGAUACAAACCCGGACAUGCAUGUUGUGUUUCUUGUACAUAGCCUUGUCUGAGGCCAAAAAUUAACUUUUAGGAGGAAGACCUGCUUGAAGGACUGAUGGAACACAACCAUUUGGUCUACCUCACACCAGACAACAUCUUGAAAGAUUGUAAAAACUCAGACUUCGAAGAUGAACCAGAUUGCCUAACUGAUGCCCAGAAAGAAUAUGUCAGACAACAAUCAGACGAAAAACAAGCAAGUCCCUCGAGAUCGCCUCGGCGAGCAAGAAGCUUGUCUUAUACAUAUAUGAAAGGUCUGCAUAUUAUAGAAUAAGUCUUAGGGGGUAUUUAUAUAUAUGGUGUCAUGUUGACUUGACUACUUGAGCUAGCUUGUUUUACCAAAUCAAGGACUGGCCGUCUUAUGAGAACAAAAAAACUCGGCUGAGAAACUAUGCAGUCAAACCUCGUAACAGACACUUCUCUUAAAGUAAUCACCUCUUUUGACCAGACACCCAAAGCUCUUGUCCCAAUCUUUUGACCAGACACCCAACCUUUUGACACAAGGCUAGGUGAUUAUGACCAGACACAGACCAGACACCCAAAGCUCUUGUCCCAAUCUUUUGACCAGACACCCAACCUUUUGACACAAGGCUAGGUGAUUAUGUAUAUGCAAUGCAGUUGAAUAGUAAUAAAGUACAAAGUUAAAUGCCAUAUUGCAUCAUUCAUUAUUUUUGAAAUUUUAGACCACUCGAGAAAAAAGGCAUUGCAGUUUCCAAAAACAAGUAUUUCUGGUUCAGAAAACCAGUUUAAGCUGCUCGCCAGUUCCGCUGUAUCGGAUGGUUGCUGUGUCGGUAUUGCCGUCAUUGCUUCGGAAGUGGUCUGUAUCUCAGCGUAUUAUAAUGAACAGACGGCCAGUUGUAGCUUGUCAGAGUCGAGUGAUUCCUCAAGUAAUGAUGAUAUGGGGUUGUCCUUGAUAAAGCCAAUGAUUAGAGGUAAGGAUUUUGGUAGAUGGAAAUUUUGCGUGAACGAUUAUACACAAUUUUGCAAAAGAUGCAACUGUAGGCCGGCCCUCUGGCAGGAAUUGAACCUGCGGCCCUGUGAUCCCGGUGCAGCAUUCUAACCAACUGAGCUCGGGGGUGGAUCCAGCAAGGAUCUGCACCGUUGUUGACCAAGGCCAACAGGGGUAUGCACUCCCCCCUAUAAAUCCACCCCUGACUGAGCUACAGAAUCCAGUUGUCGAGCUCUAACUACAAGUUCAUGUAUGUGUAUAGUGGAUGAUACCAGCGUAAGGUAUUGGGUAAGUAUCGAGAAUUUGGGGCAUCUCGUUGACGUUCAUGCAAAUAUUUCAGGACGUUGCAGUGUUGGUGUUGCAGAGGUGAACAACAAAGUUUAUGCGGCGGGUGGGUAUGACCGAGGACAUUGUCUCCACCUGGUUGAAUGUUACGACCAAGAGACGAACCAGUGGGUUCCGACUACACCAUUAAAAUGUCCUCGUGGGAGACUGGGUCUCAGUUGUUUAGAUGGUAUGUGAUAACUGCUUAAUUUUGAUGACAUUAAUAAUUAAAGUAACAAAAUUCAAACCAAUUGGCAAAUACAUUUUAUCCAUUCCAGGCAAACUCUACGCUAUUGGUGGUUCAAGUGGCAACUCAGAAUUAAAAUCAGGUGAAUGUUUUGACCCAGAAACGAGAGAUUGGUCAAAGAUCUCAGAUAUGUCAAUAUGUCGAAGUAAUUUUGAUGUUUGUGUGUUGGGUGGAAAGCUUUUUGCAGCUGGUGGCACCGAUGGUAGACAUGCUUUGGAAUCUGUUGAAGUUUUUGACCCAGGUGGGUAUCCAUCCAACGUUGCAUCUUUAAAGCUUGCUGUUGAGUAAAUCCAUUUACCGAGUCAAAUCAGAGUUUGUCGGUUAACCGAGUCAAAUCCGAGCCCGAGUCAAAUCCGAGCCCGAGUCAAAUGUCCGAGUCAUUGUUUAAUCGAUGGUCUUUGCAGUUCAAUGACUUAGUACCCUAAUCCUAACCAUAAUCCCACUCCUAACUUACCCCAACCCUAUUCAACUGUGAAUUUUAUUCAAUUUCGGAGUUUGUCGGUUACUGACCGACUCAAAUCCGAGUUCGAGUCAAAUGUCCAGUCACUGUUUAACUGUCUUUGUCGGUAAAAUGACUUAGUAUCCUAACCCUAAACUUACUCCUAACCCUAUUCGACUGUGAAUUUCUUCACUUUCGUCUUUUUUUUUUACGCGACUCGGGCGUUUGACUCGGGCUUGGGACUGACUCGGACUCGGAUUUGACUCGGUAAAUGGAUUUACUCCGUAACUAGAGUUUUAGAUUUACUGAGUCAAAUCGUCAGGGCAUGCUCCCCCAGAAAAUGUUUGAUUUUCUAAGGCUUAGAAACGCUAUUUCCUGCAUUCAUUCUGGGAGCAAUUUUAUAAAAAAAUCAGUAAUGAUAAACAGUGACACAAUGACUAUAAUUUCAUAGUGUGUCUCACAAUUGUACUACAAGUAUCCAAUCGUAAGAAUUCAAAUACUCUUGGUCCAUCACGAUCAGGUGCAUGCAUAAUAAAAAACGUGUUUGUGGUAAUAUUUGGGACGCUAAUUCGUACUUCUACCCUGACUCGGUUGACUUGGUUACUGACUCGGUUGACCCAUACUGUCAUAGCCAGUUACGGGUCUGUUGGGUAAUGAUUCUCAUCAGCCAGAAAAAAGAAAAGAAAACGUUAGAUGUUUCUACUUCUCAACGUUCUGAGGGAAAACGCUAAACACUCGCGUUUAAAAACUCACUGAGUGUAUUUCAUUGCAGAGAAAAACACAUGGUCAAACAUCGCUCCGAUGCAAGUCGGUCGCGAGGGUGUUUGUGUGGAAGCCAUGAAUGGUCAUCUGUAUGCUUGUGGUGGCUACAGCGUAUGGCAUUGUGUGGACUCGGUCGAACGCUACGAUCCUUCCAACAAUCUCUGGUCUAUGGUAACACCAUUGAACACGGCACGCCGAGGCGCAGCGGCUGCCGUCUUGAGCGAAAAACUUUAUGUGAUUGGCGGGACUGAUGGUAGCAACAUCUUAAAGUCGGUCGAGUGUUACGACUCGGUUUCAGACACUUGGUCAUACGUUGCCAGCAUGAACUCCUGUCGUCAUAACGUUGGCGUAACUGUUAUCAACGGUUAUAUCUUUGCGGUCGGUGGCUUUGACGGAGUUGCGUUUCUGAAUACGUCUGAGUUUUACGAUCCUAAGUUGAAUAAAUGGUGUGGUUUUACUCAAGUGUGACUCUGAGACACAGAUUUCUCAAAUUCGAAGGUUUUAUAAUGUAACCUUGUGUAACACCACAUUUUUUCGUGUGAAUGGUUUCGUGUGGUGCAUCGGGUGUGUGACUGGCCGUUAUACUAGCAUGUCUUUGGAACUUUGGGGCCAAGGUUCAGCGUGAAUCUAUCCCGAUAUAUCGCAUAUGAUGCUUGCAAAGAGUAAUUUAUUGAUUGAAGUGUGUGACUGACACAUGAGUCGUGUGUUGUCGGAAUUUCUACCAUGUUGAAACCACCAGUCCAGGAUUUCUAUGUGAUUUUUUCCAAGCGUAAUUUAUUAACAAGUGUGUGACUGAGGCUAUUAACUUAUUCAUGCGUGACUGGAAUUUGUUUCCAAAACAAAAAAAACAACGUCAAAUACGACAUAGUUUAUAUUUGUAGUUUUUAAGGGAUUGUUUUAUUUGCCUUACAUGUACUUGUAUAGCUCAUUCAUAAUUGGGUAGCUGACAUAUUUGUUAUGAGUUUGGUCGACAUAAAACGUUGGAACGUUCAUGCUCUAAUAGGGAGUUAGCGUCGACAACGGCGGACUUGUUCCAUAAGAAGUAGCUAAAAAUACGCAAUAGAUCUUACCUCUCUUAUUCUCUUUUACACAAUCGCCUCGUUUUCAUGUCAAAUACUUAUGUUUUGUGCUUAGUAGGGUUGAAAAUUACUUUUGUUACUGAGCCUAAGAACAGCAAGAAACAAAUUCGUCCAGGAAAACAUGGGAAUAGAAUCUUAUCUGCCCCUGACAUGCUAAAAUAAGUUAACAUGGAAACGAGGCCAUUGGGUAAAAGAGAAUAAUCGGUAAGGUCUAUUACCUAAAUUGGGUAAAGACCAAAUAAGCAUUGAUUGGCCCAUGAUGGGCUUGGGGAGAGGGGAGGUUGUAGAAGCAAUUGCAGAAGAAGUUGCAAUUGAGUGAGAAGUUGCGAGCGAGUGUAGAACUUCAAAAACAUGAUUUUUGUGUGCAUACUUAGUGAAUGCAUGUUAACUAUUUAUAGUUUGAACAAAAUGGAUGGUGUGAUUUUUGUAAGGUGUGUGCCUGAACUUAUAAAGUGUUGCAAUUCUUCGUUUGGUUGAAAUUUUAUAUUUUAGUGUGCCAGUAAUAAAGUAUUCGGCACAAGUGUGUCGUUUAUAAGUCUUUGUGUGGUGUUUUGA